ACUGACGUCCGUGGUCCUGCACACGCGCAGCCUGAGCGCGUGCUGCUGCUGCUCGGGUGACUCCAGCCACUGUCUCGUGCGGUCAACACCUGAGGCGCGCGCCGCAGCGCACGGCGGCAGCAUCCUCGGAUGAGUUGAGCGAAGCGGCGGUGAUGUCGGCGGCUCGGCGCGGCAGCUACAUGGCGUGGUUACUCUUCUUUCUAAUAGAAGAGGGUUUCGCUCUGGCACAGAGAACUAAAGAUUCCCCAAGCGAGCAUGGCGGCCAAAGUCCCAACCAGAACGACUGUGGCACGUGGGUCCGCAACAUCAACGGUGGGGUGUUCACAUCACCGAACUACCCCAACACCUACCCGCCCAACAAAGAGUGCGUUUACAUCCUGGAAGCGCUCCCCAGACAAAGGAUUCAGCUGGCUUUUGAUAAGAACUAUUACAUCGAGCCAUCAUUUGAGUGCCGCUUCGAUCACAUUGAAAUCCGUGAUGGGCCAUUUGGGUUCUCUCCACUCAUUGACCGCUUCUGUGGGGGAAAGAACCCGGGCCUGGUCACAUCAACGGGACGGUUCAUGUGGAUCAAGUUCAUCAGCGACGAGGAGCUGGAAGGCCUUGGUUUCCGCAUCAAGUACACCUUCAUCGCAGACCCUGAUUUCCAUCUGCACGUGGGCGGACUGCUAAACCCCAUCCCAGACUGUCAGUUUGAAAUUGGUGGAUGGGAUGGGAUUAUUCGCUCCAGUCAGGUGGAGGAGGAAGAGAGAGUGAAGCCUGGUGAUGCUCUGGACUGUAUCUGGACUAUCAGGGCUCCUCCUCAGUCCAAGAUCUACCUGCGCUUCAUGGAGUACCAGAUGGAACACUCCAAUGAGUGCAAGAAGAACUUUGUGGCCGUGUACGAUGGCAGCAGCGCUAUCGAAAACCUAAAGGCCAAGUUCUGUAGCACCGUGGCCAACGAUGUCAUGCUGGAUAACGGUGUUGGAGUCGUCCGAAUGUGGGCGGAUGAGAAGAGCCGACUCAGCCGGUUCCGCAUGCUCUUCACCUCAUUUGUCGACCCCCCCUGCUCAGGCAACACAUUCUUCUGCCACAGCAACAUGUGUAUUAACAACUCCCUGGUGUGCAAUGGGGUUCAGAACUGUGUCUACCCAUGGGAUGAAAACCACUGCAAAGAGAAGCGAUCUAAGGGGCUUUUUCAUCAGAUCACUAAGACCCAUGGCACUGUCAUCGGAGUCUCGUCGGGCAUCGUUCUCGUUCUUCUCAUCAUCUCCAUCCUGGUCCAGAUGAAGCAGCCGAGGAAAAAGGUUGUAGCCCGCCGGCCUGGUGUCUUCAACAAGGCAGGCUUCCAGGAAGUCUUCGACCCGCCGCACUACGAGCUCUUUUCUCUGCGCGACAAGGAGAUGUCGUCAGAUUUAGCCGACCUGUCUGAGGAGCUGGACAGCUUCCACAAGCUGCGACGCUCUUCCACCAUGUCCCGCUGCGUCCACGAGCACCACUGCGGCUCUCAAGCCUCAGUGGCUACUGGUGGCGGCAGUAUGAAGCACAGCCGCACCACCCUGAGUUCCAUGGAGCUGUCUUACCACAACGACUUCUCCAAGCCACCACCCAUGAAGACUUUCAACUCCACGUCCAGCUACAAGAAGAGCUGCUACGGCUACAAGCAGCACUCACAGACUCACGACUGCGACCAGCAGGUCAUUGAGGACCGUGUCACAGAAGAGAUCCCAUGUGAGAUCUAUGGCCGUGGUGGAGGAGGAGCGGGAGGAGGAGCCACAGGUGGAGCAGCAAUGGGAGGAGGAGGAGCAUCCGGGAUUGCAGGAGGAGGGAUUGGAGGAGCUGUGGGGAUAACAGGAGGAAUGGCAAUGUCAGGGGGAAUGGGUAUGUCGGGAGGAGUCAGCAUGGCAGGGCCUAGUGGCAUCGCUGGAGGAAUCGGUGGUGGGAUGGCAGGAGCCUGCGGAACCCUCAGUAUCCGCGGCAACAGCGCUCGUAACAGCACCAACAUAGUUGACCCAAACCAGCGCUCCAUGUCCAUGGACUUCUAGAUGGUGACGGGAGGAAGACGAGGUGGAAGGGAAUGCAGAGAGAGCUCGCAUUUCACUCAUCAAAAGAAGAGAAGAAGGAAGAGAUGACAGGAAAAUCACAAAAAUGUUAAUUUGAUCACUUCUCUUCCCUCCUCUGCCUUUGCUUUCAGAGCAGUAUUAAAAGUAUUGUGAUAACACUAAAGGGUCUUCUCUCAAAGUCUCAGCUGCAGGUUUGGAAAAUUAGCAGACAAGAAUCAAGGAACAAAAGGAAGGAAAAAAACAGGAAACUAUUGGUUCUGUUCUUCAGGAUACUGAAGGAUGUAGAGUGAAGAGAGGGUGGAGACAUCGUGUCUCUCCUCCAGUCUCACACUCAUGUAAACGCUCCUCUUCAUAAGACUCAUGUCAGAAAGGGUUCUCGCAUGCAGACCCAGACUUCUCUCUAUUUGCUGGCCUUGAAGACCAGGUAACCACUCAGAAACAGAGAGAGAGAGAAAGACAAAGAGACUACCUAGACUGAGUUUUUACAUUUAUUCACCUGCCAUGCACAGAUAUAUGAUAUAUAGUACGUCUUCUAAUAAUUUGAGUCUUUAUUUUUGUCAGUGUACUGUACUGUUAAAACCAGUAUAUAUCCAGCCUCAUGAUGAUGCUUGGCUUUUAACUCUUUAAUCUUUUACAAAUGUUGCUCAGAUGAUUUUAUGAAGAUGGCUUAUCCAUGACAUGUGGUGUUGAUGAUGAUGAUGAUGAGGAGGAGGAUGAAGUCGCUGUUGUUGAUGAUGAACAGAAAUAUGAUGACAAUAACAAUGAUAAUGAUGUGAUAUUACUAUAAUUAUGUAGUUUUCAUGGUUACCUCACACAUACACAGAGGGUACACUCCGUUCAGUCUCUCCUCAGGAAGAGCACAUGAAGAGACUGUCUUAUUUUGGUAAGACAUUGAGAAAGGUCUAUUUCUGCUCUGUGAGCUUCAUAGCCUGUUGGCAUUCUGGCAAUGACUGAUUGUUUACGGAAUACAAAACGUUUAGCUGUGUGGCCUGGACUGAAUCAAAAUAGCUACCAUCCCACUCCCUGCCCCCACUCUAACCAGGAGUAAAUGUAAUUUCUCAAUUUCCCCAUGAACUGAGUGUGUAAAACAAGCACAACCUGUUUCCCUAAAGAGACAGACAUGUAGCCUAUAUGGGACUCAUUUAUGAUUUUAACCACUGGUUGUAUUAUUUCAUUUUGUUGAAUUAAACGAGAGCUUACUCAC